AUGGAACCUCAUCUUAAACUAUUUCUUGAUCAAAGAUUCUAAUAUGACACUCUAGCUGUUAAAUUAGAAAAAUACAUCCAAAAUUACGAAGAAUUUAAGUCUCUCUAUUUUCAAAAUGGAAAAAGUCAAUCAAUUAUCCAACAACUUCAGUAGCAGAUGACAGAAUUAGAAUCUCGAAUUGAAUAAUUGCAGUAGACAGAUUAAUUUACUAUCAAUGAGAUUAAUAAGAAAGUUGAUUUAUUAUAAAUUUCUAAAGAUCAGCAUCUUCAAUAAAUAACUCUUUUAGACAAAAUUUAGAGUUAAUCUCUUUAAUCAAUUGAAAACUUUAGACAGUAAAAUCAACAAUUUAAAUAAGUAUUAUUAGAAAACAUAGAUUAAGUUAAUUUAUAAAAUAAUAUAGCUGUUAAUAAUGUUUAAGAUAAGUUAUUAGAAGUAAAUCUUAGAAUAGAUAAUUAAUACAGUUAUUAAAAAGAUUUAACAUUAAAAAAUGAUAGAAUUUUCGAAGAAUUGAGUUCUCUAAACAAUAAAAUGAUUUAACAGAUUUCAUAGACAUCUCAUGAUUAAAAAAACAUUGAAUUGCUCUAGUAAAUAGUUCCAAAAUUUGAUGAAUUGUUAGCUUAAGAUAGAUAUGUUACUAAUGAGUUGCUAUUAAUGAAAAACAAAUAAUCUUAUUUUGAAAAUUACAUUGAAAAAUAUUUUCCUUUAUUUCUAUAAGGUACUAUCUCUCAAACUUUACAUAAUUGUUUGGAUGACAAUAAUAUUUAUAGACUAGCUAAAUUUGAAGAGGAGAAAUUCACUCUUCUGAAUACCAUCAUUGUUGAAGACAAAGGCACUCCAGAUCUAGACAAAAAAAUUCAUGAAUAUACUGCAUUUAUUGAAGCAUAACUUAAAAGAAACUUUUAAAUACUUAAAAAUAAUGUCAAUAAUUAAUCAAUUAAAAAAAAUGAAUAAAGUAGGGAAUCUUAAAAUGUUUAUCCCUAAUAAAAAAACAAAUAAGAUUUUUCAGGCAUAUAAAAUUUAUUAGAAAAAAACGAAAUAGAAUAUUUCAUACAAUAAAGACUAAAUGAAUUUAAAAAACAAAUUGAUAAAAAUUUUAAUCAAUUAUCAACAACAGUUGACACAUUAGAAUCAACUUACGAUCUCUUACAUUAAAAGAUGAUAUCUUAAUUUGAGUUAAUCAAGACUUAACACAAUUAAUAAAUUCUUUAAAUCGAAUAGCAACUAUAAGAUUUAAAUGAAUAAUUUAGUGCUAUCCCUUUAUUCAUUAAAGAAAUUAAUGAUAUAUAAUAAUAGCAAUAACAGAAUAUCAAGAAAUUAAAUCAAUUUUAAAUUUUAAAUAGUGAAAAAAAUUAAUCAGAAAGUCAAUUAAAUGAUUAAAGAUUUACGUUAGAAUAAUGUUAAGAUAUUUUGAAUGAAUCGAUAUAUUAAUUAAAAAACGAAAAUGAUUCUAUUUAUUAAGAAUCUCCAAUAAAAAAACUUUCAUCAUAACUGAAUGCUGAUGAUAGAAAAAGUGUUCGUACAAAGACAGCAUCACAAAGUGGAAUGCGUAAAAGUAUAAAAAGCAUGUAUAGUUCGAGUUAGACUAGAUCUUCAAAUGAUAAACGAAAGUUUUAUUUAUUAGGUUCUAAGCUAUAACAGGAAGUUUGUUAAAGUAUGAAUCUUUCAAUUCUACAACCAAGGAAAACAAAUUCGAGAAUUUUAUUUUAGAGCAAAGCAUAUGUAAAAGAUUGA